GAGAAGUGCUUCAAUUUGUUCUCCGCCACAUCCGCGGACGGCAGUAAACCUUGGGGACUUACUGAGCUCGAUUAAAUUCGCGCCUACGAAACCGGUUUCUCUUCCUCUCAAACAACCAUGAGCACCGAGAGGCUCGAAAAGCUAAUUAAUCAAUGCAAAAGCAACGACGUUGACCAAAAGGUUGAUGCUGUUACGAAACUGCAGGCAGAGUUCGAGUCGGGCAUAGAAAUCACCGAACCAGAACCAGUCAUCUCUGCCCUCAAAGCAUGUCUUCGUAUCUCAAAUCAACAUCUAACAACCGCCACGCUCUCUGCCCUUCCUCCUCUACUUCCCUUGAUCGUUUCGCGUAACAAUGUUGUCCCAAACGCAAAUGCACGCCCAUUAUCAGCAUCGUCCUCCACGUCCUCCACUCCCGGAGCGUCGCAUGACUUGAUGGUUCUCCGCCAGAUUAUGAAUGCGUUCCUUCCCGCUCCUGGUGUCAUCGAGCGUCUCGGUGAUACCCGCGAAAAGGCUCGUGAUAAGGCGCGUGAAACACUAGUUAUCCUCGGUGGACUGGCGUUCAGAGCUCCAUCUGGUUCAAAGAUGAAGGAUAGCAAGGGGGGUCCCGAAACGCCACUUGCGAUAUUCGAACGUUUCUUCAGAGAUAACGGCUUUGGAAGCAAGGUUGCCAGAGUCCGAGAACAAUCAUUACUCGUCCUCGUGCACAUCCGCCGAGCUCACCAUCUUUUUCCUGUUCGACCGUACGUUUCAUUACUAGUGGACACUUUAGAAGACACGGAUGGCAAUGUUCGGGCAUGCGCAACGCCUUCCGUUAUUGAGCUCUUUACUGGGCCGGGCGUGACGGACGCUGCUCGCUCAGACCUCAAGAAAGAGCUGACGAAGAAGGGGGUACGCAAAGCGAUGGUUGAUAAUAUCCAAUCACAGCUCAUGCAUUCCAGUCGUGCUACUGGAGCAAGCACACCCCAGAGCGAGGGCUCCGCGGGUAGUGGAGAGCCCCACGCAAAGAAGGAGUACAUUCCUCCAAGCAUGAUGCUGCAACAGAAUCGUCGGCCAACGGUUGGCGCGGCAUCCGGAGCUACGCCUGUCGAGCCGCAGUUGUUUUCUCCGCCUUUGUCGUCACAACCUUCAAGCGAGGCAGCUAGUACGGUUGAACCUGCUUUCAUUGCAUCUAGCCGAGAUUUGGAAAACGAAUUUCUAGCAUUUGCAAAAUCGUUCGAGGGAAAGGAAACAGAACAUAACUGGGCUGCCCGUGAACGUGCCAUUCAGCGUGUUCGUGGUAUGCUCUCUGGAAACAUCCAUACAAGAUAUCCCGAUGUAUUCCUUCAAUGCCUAAAAGAUGGAUUCAUGCAGUCCUCCAUAAAAACGCUCGUCAGUUUGCGGACAACGGUUUCUGCAAACACCUGCUCCCUUUAUUCUGAGCUGGCCAUUGCGUUGGGCCUAGGGAUUGAUCCGUUUUGUGAAAUGUUGUAUACGAAUUUGCUCCGAAUGGCAGGAUUUACCAAGAAAAUUGCUGCUCAACAGUCCCAGCGAUCGCUCUCGGUCAUAAUGGAGCAUGCUUCAGCACAUCCUCGAGUUCUUCUUUCCCUCCUUUGGAACACUCUCCAAGAAAAGACGGUGCAAUCUCGAACAUUCGUAGUAUCCCACAUCACCCACUAUAUCCAGCUACAUGGGACACGGGCGAGAUCACAUAUAGAGGCGAAUGGUGGUGUGGAAAUCCUCGAGAAGUCCUUGAAGAAAGCGUUGGCUGAUCCCAAUCCUGCUGUCAAGGAAACAGCCCGCAGUACAUUUUGGGAAUUCAACGCUGUCUGGCAUGACAGGGCAACUAUAAUUCUCGAGUCUCUUGAUCCCAUAGCACGCAAACAGCUGGAGAAGGCAUGUCCAGACCCUCAAGUUAUUGCCAAUCUUCCUGCAACUACACCAAGCACACCAAAUGUCAAGAAGAGCAGUGUUGCAGCCGCGAUUGCCGCCAGUCGUGCCAAGGCCAAAGCGAUUGCAACUGCGCCCCCUACUCUGAGACAUCAAGCGACGUCCUCAUCGCACGCGACACGUGCAACAUCACCUCCAGCACGGAGAGUUGUCUCGCCAAUAAGCCCCACGGUUAAACCCUCAAAUGGGCGCAGCUCGCCAUCGCCAGCUUCGAGGUCCUCACUGUCCCCUCGUUCAUCCCUUUCCCCCCUCACACCAUCAAAAUCACGCGUCCUGGGUGGUACUAUGCCUCGGACCGUAAGCUCUGGCGCGGUCCUGACGUCGCAUUCGCGUUCCUCCACCGAUUCGUCGGUGUCAUCCAGCCCCGAAGCAAACCGACGUCGAGGAUCUUCUCCUCUUGUCCCACCCAUCCCCCCUAGUCACUUAUCUACCAUCCGUAAAACUGCGCAGCCGAAUCUUUCGGAUUCCUACCACGACUCACCAACCCCUCGGUACCAUGCACCCCCAGUUCCAAUUCCAGUCCCGGCUCGCCAGUCGACUGUGAUGCCCGAUAUUGAUGAUGAACAGACGCUCUUACUAGCGACCGCUAUACCAAUACCCGAUGACAGUGAUUCUGAGAUGGAUGACGAAUCUGUCAAUCUCAUGUCCUUCUCGACUCCUUACAAGGUGUAUCCUCCGGCAUCCAGUCAACAACGCUCAUACUCUCCCCGCUCGGAUCAUUCAACGCCUUAUACUAGUUCUGAUACAUUGUCAAAUAGAAAACCUUUAGAGAUAGCACCUGUCGAAGACGCUCUUAUAGCUCGAGCAGAGCAAGCACAGAGUGCUGCGGAGCGAUUGCUGGAGCUAAACGACCCGGACGGUGAGGAUAACCAGCACUCUACAAUUCCUCCGUCGCUGCUCCUUGGACGUAGCGGAUCUGCGACGCCAAAACCCAAAGUGCAAAAUGCGCCAGCGAUAAUACGAAGCUUGGCUCCUCCUGUGACUCCUGACAACCGAACCGCAGCCAUCUUCCGCCAGGCAGCGUUAUUCAAGAAUAGUCCUGCAAACAUUAAAGCUGUAGACAACCUCGUGAAACCAGUUCAAGACCAGGUGCAUGAGACUGGUUGGUGGUUGAAACGCACGUCCACCCUCGGACAUGCCACACCCCUCAAAGCAACUGUAGCUGAAGAUCGAGUACAAGAACUCAACGACUAUAUUGCCGCACUAGAGAGCGAUCAAACUGACAUUCGAGUUCUCCAAAAGUUGGCGUUGUUGUGCAGCAGCAAUCCCAUACCUUCCGCAACGACGUCUCCCCUGAGUCCUGGACUGGGACUUCCUUCCACUGUUUCGCCUUUCCUUGGCAUCAGUCGCUCUCUUCCUCCAUUGAUUCCUGAUAUAUGGACGAAGGAAAAAAGUUUUGAACGGCUAUUCAAUGCUCUAAUUAAGUUUCUUGAUCCUUCAAGGGAUGCAGAGCAACUUGAAUACGGCCUCAUAGUUCUCUGGGAAUUGCUGAGCUGUCAAGCACCAUUCGUGGAAGGUCGGGAAGCCGAUAUAUUCGCGACUUUGUUUAAUGUGCGGUACUGUAAUGCUGUUGAUGUUCUUGAAGCAACUAAAACAAUUCGCGAUGCCCUUGCAACUCGCAUCGAACCUGUUUAUGGUCUAACUACGAUGCACGGCAGCCUGCGUACGUUCCUAGCCGAGCCUUCGUCAGAUACGAGUGCCAAAGACGCAUCACACGCCUUUGGACUAAUCGCCGUGGGCAAAUUCGUCAUGCGCUUGCCCGCCGAAGUGCUCGAGGAGGAACUUCCACGCUUAAAAUCUACCUUGAUGGCAGCGCUAAAGGACACCACUCUCGUCAUUCGCGAAGCCGCGUAUGCUACUAUCAUCGCUGCGCAGCUCGUGCUCCGGGACGAGACUCAUCUCUUCGCGUUGCUCGAUGGGCUCGAUGAUAACAAGAAGAACCUGCUCACGUACUACUUUGAUAAGCAUGACGCGAGGGUCCUUGGCGUAGAUGGCAACGGCGUUGGAAUGACGAAGCUGGAGAGUCAGAUGGGGAGGUUGGACAAGCUGAUGAAUACUCCGCAGAGAGAGAAAGGUCGUGCAUCAGAGUGAAUGCUCACGGUAUUCCAUGAUAUGCUUAUGUUCAGUGAUUGACAUGUAUAUGUUUCGGAAUUAACACUCUCGUUGGUAUGUCUAUUUUUUCCCGUU